AUGUAACAAAGUCGUUAACGCAUGCGCCAUGAAUUGCGCGCGAUAAUCACCUGAGUCUUAUUCGAAUAUCAGCGGCAACACACAUAUGCGAGUUGCACGCGAGUUCUAGUUUCUUGCCGCUCGUCCCCCGCACGCUCCUCGUGGCUGAGAGCAGACUGCGCACAUGCCUCACGUUUUUACAGUUGCCUCCAAUCCAUCUUCCUGCGACAUCUUACUCAGCAUCAUUCAUCAUUCGCCAGUGUGUAUCGUGUUCAAUUUUAAAUCGUAAAUUUUUCAGUUAGCACCGUAACGUCGCCGAGGCCGCCCCAAAGAAAUGGAGUCCGCCAUUUACCGUCUGUACCGUACGCCGGGUUACACCACCGCCAAAAGCCAGGAAAUCCUUCUGAAACUACGUGCAGAGGUUCCCGAGAUCACUUCUAUUGAUACAGAGCUGUGUUUUCAUGUUGAGUACACCGGCGGCAAGUUGAACGUCAGCCCGCUGAAAUGGGUCCUCCAAGAUCCUUUCAACCCUCACAAACUCACCGAGAAGUCAGUGCUCAAAACAGACGGGCUUUUGAUAGAAGCCGGGCCGAGGUUCAACUUCUCCACUUCAAAUUCCACCAACGCGGUGUCUAUCUGCCAUUCGUUGGGAUUGACGAAUGUCACCCGCUUGGAGGUCAGUAAGAGAUACGCCCUUAAUGGCAAGAUUCCUGCUUCGAAAGAAUCGAAAUUGGUGGCGUUGUUACAUGACCGCAUGACAGAAUGUCGUUACACAGCGGAGAACAUGCCCAAGAGGUCCUUCAACGAAAAACUAAAGAAAGUCGAAAACAUCAAAGAAGUUGAUGUUAUGGGGCAAGGCAAGAAUGCAUUGAUUGAAAUCGAUAAGGAAUUGGGUUUGGCGUUCGACGAAGCUGACCUUGAUUAUUACACCAAUAUGUUUAAGAAUGUCCUGAAGAGGAAUCCGACCACUGUGGAGUGCUUUGAUUUAGCGCAGAGUAACAGCGAACACAGUCGUCAUUGGUUCUUCAAGGGAAAGAUGGUUGUAGAUGGGGUUGAACACGAAGAAUCGCUAAUUGAUAUGAUCAUUGAGACCCAGAAACACACAAACCAGAACAAUGUUAUCAAAUUCAGUGAUAACAGUAGUGCCAUCACAGGGUACAAACAUAAGAGUUUGAGACCUAGUUCUCCUGGAAAACCUUCUGAGCUACGAACAGAGAAUGCGGAAUCUCAUUUGAUUUUCACCGCCGAAACUCACAAUUUCCCGACGGGAGUUGCUCCCUUCAGUGGAGCAACUACAGGACCAGGUGGUAGGAUCAGAGAUGUCCAAUCUGUUGGUCGUGGUGGUUAUUGUAUUGCUGGUACCGCUGGAUAUUCGGUUGGCAACUUAUACAUUCCAGAUUAUCCUUUUGAAUGGGAGGAACCAAACUUCGUCUACCCUGACAACUUUGCGAGUCCUCUUGAAAUCCUUGUUGAAGCUUCAAAUGGUGCAUCAGAUUACGGCAACAAAUUCGGCGAACCAAUGAUCUCUGGCUUCGUCCGCUCUUUUGGUCUUGUCGAUGGUAACCAAGAACGUCGUGAAUGGAUCAAACCAAUUAUGUUCUCCGGCGGUAUCGGCAGCAUGGAAGCAGCCAUGACUGAAAAACUUAAACCUGAAGUGGGAAACCAAAUCGUCAAAGUAGGUGGUCCCGUAUACCGCAUUGGUGUUGGUGGAGGCGCCGCAAGUUCAGUCGAGGUCCAAGGCGAUAAUAAAGCAGAACUAGAUUUUAACGCAGUGCAAAGAGGAGAUGCCGAAAUGGAAAACAAACUAAACAGGGUUGUACGAGCUUGUCUUGAAUCAGGGGCCAAGAACCCUAUUUUGAGUAUUCACGAUCAAGGUGCUGGUGGUAACGGUAAUGUCCUGAAAGAACUAGUGGAACCAGUUGGUGGAAUAAUCUAUGCAUCAAGGUUUGAUCUAGGAGAUCCCACAAUCAAUGCUUUGGAACUCUGGGGUGCUGAAUACCAAGAAAGCAACGCUCUCCUCUGCAGUAAGGAAGACAUGGAAACAUUAAGGGCUGUCUGUAGAAGGGAGCGAUGCCCUGUCAACUUUGUAGGUGAUGUGACCAAUACUGGUCGCGUAGUGCUCACUCUUGAUGAUGAACAGAAGGUGGUUCCAUUCAACUUGGAUUUGGAGAUGGUUUUGGGUAAAAUGCCGCGUAAAGUGUUCAAACUUGACAGGAAUCAGAAUAUUUUGAAGGAGUUGGUCCUCCCCGAUGACAUUUCCAUUUAUAAAGCUUUGGAGCGCGUGUUGCGACUACCAUCAGUUGCCAGUAAGCGUUAUCUGACCAACAAAGUAGAUCGUUGUGUCACAGGUUUAAUUGCCCAGCAGCAGUGUGUAGGACCUUUGCAUACUCCACUUGCCGACGUUGCCGUUACGGCAAUAACACACUUUGGAUACGAAGGUAUCGCAUCAUCAAUUGGCGAACAGCCAAUCAAAGGUUUAGUCAAUGUCGCCGCUGGUGCCCGCAUGACAGUAGCAGAAUCACUUAGUAACUUGGUGUUUGCUGCGAUAUCUGACCUCAAGGAUGUAAAGUGCAGUGGAAAUUGGAUGUGGGCUGCUAAGUUACCAGGCGAAGGAGCCGGUCUGUAUGACGCUUGCGUUGCAAUGACUGAUAUCAUGUCCAAAUUGGGUAUUGCCAUUGAUGGAGGUAAAGAUUCCUUGAGUAUGGCAGCCAGAGUUGGUAAAGACACCGUCAAAGCACCUGGAACUUUAGUGGUCAGCAACUACGCGCCUUGUCCAGAUGUUAGGAAAAUUAUCACACCUGACCUCAAAGCACCAGCCAUGAACCAGGAAGGUACCCUGAUUUUCGUGGAUCUCUCUAAUGGCAAGAACCGUCUUGGAGGUUCUGCACUCGCGCAGUGUUACAAACAACUUGGCAAGGAAAGCCCCGAUGUAGAGAAUGUCACGGAUUUGAUUAAUGCAUUCAACGCAACUCAACAACUCAUCAAAGAGGGCGCGCUCCUUUCUGGUCACGAUAUCAGCGAUGGUGGCUUGAUCACCUGUCUGUUGGAGAUGUGUUUCGCGGGUAUUUCGGGUAUCAACGUCAAUCUUACGCACAGGAAGGGUAAAGCUGUGGAAGUUUUGUUUGCUGAGGAAGUGGGUUGGGUUCUUGAGGUUGCUCCAAAGGAUGUCAAACAUUGUUUGGAAGUCUUCCAGAAAUUCAAAGUACCAGUAUAUAAAAUUGGUAACAGCGUUGGUCAUGGAAUCAAAUCCAAAAUAGCCAUAACCGUAAACAACGCCUGCAUUGAAUCAACGGUACUUCCUUUGAUGAAACUCUGGGAAGAGACCAGCUAUCGUUUAGAAUUGCGUCAAACAAUCAAAGAAUGUGCUGAUUCAGAAUUUAAAUCUCUAGAAUCACGCACCGGACCAAAAUAUUCCCUAACAUUCAACCCUGAUGAGAAGUUCAAGGUGGACAAAGAAGUUAAGGUAGCUGUUAUCCGCGAGGAAGGUAUCAACGGAGAUCGCGAAAUGGCGGCCGCUCUAGUACGUGCUGGUUUCAAAGUCUGGGAUGUCACCAUGCAAGAUCUUAUCUCCGGGGAUGUCACCUUAGAUUCUUUCCGAGGUGUCAUCUUCCCCGGAGGUUUCAGUUACGCUGAUGUCCUUGGUUCUGCUAAAGGAUGGGCAGCAAGUAUCCUCUUCCACGAAAAGGUUCAAGAUCAAUUUAAGAAAUUCGUCGCACGACCAGACACCUUCUCUUUGGGUGUAUGCAAUGGUUGUCAACUGAUGGCCCUAAUUGGUUGGGUAGGAGAAACCACCUGCACUGACAAACCCGCCAUUGUCCUUGAACACAACAAAUCCGAACGCUUUGAAUGUCGUUGGUCUACGGUGAAGAUCCAAAAGUCCAAAGCAAUGAUGCUUGAAGGAAUGGAAGAGUCUGUGAUGGGUGUAUGGGUUGCCCACGGGGAAGGUCGCUUUACCUUCAGUAACGAUAAAAUCUAUAAGGACCUUGUCGCUAGUGGUUGUGUUGCAUUGAGAUACGUCGAUGAUAAUUCGCAGGCUACUGAAAUCUACCCGAUGAACCCGAAUGGCAGUGUUGAAGGUUUAGCUGCGGUUUGCUCCAAGGAUGGACGCCAUUUGGCGAUGAUGCCGCAUCCGGAGCGUUGCGAUCAGAUGCAUCUGUGCGCAUACGCGCCGCAGGAAUGGUGCGCGUACGAAACGAGUCCAUGGGCGCGUAUGUUUAGCAACGCGUACCAAUGGUGUCGCAAGAACUAAAACUUUACACGCUGCUGCUCGCGAUAUUUUUGAUUAUUAAUAAUUGUUUUGUAAUUGCAUACUACAGGUGAAGUAGUAAAACUACUCAAAUUGGUUUAAUGUAAUGAAAUAAAUUCCUAUUUCAUUUAAAAUAAAUUUAAAAAAUUAAAUAAAAA